ACAGUUCAGGGGACUGAAGGGAAACUCCAAACGACCAUUUCACCACAUUUGCAUUUCACAUCUUCCAGGAGUAACACAGUCCCACUGCAGCCAUGGCCGACGCUCCCCUGGUCUGCACGCUGUCUCUGCUCGCCUUCUCGUGCUUCCUUCAAGCCUAUGGUGGCAGUUGUCCCGUGUUGGAGUGCUGGUUUGUCCAGGAGAAGAUGGGUCGAGGGGGAGGCUUCCCAGCAGCAAUGACCCAGGUGAAGUCCCUGCUUCACAUCAUGACAGACGGACAGAGUCAGAGGACCAAGUCACAACAGCAGGACUCUUCAGAUGUUGACAGCGAGAUAGUCUACUAUAUUAACGACCCAGCUGGUAUGCUCUGCCACCCCUCCCUCUACCCCCACAGAGGGUCUGUCCAGAAGCCCCAGUGUGAGAUGAAUCCCAUCCAGCCUCACCCUGCCACCAUACAGUGGGCUGCGGCGCUCACAGACUCCGCCCUCAGCCCCAUAUACCUGCAAGCUGAUUGGUUCUCGGUGGCCUUGCAGGGGCUCAAUAGACAGUUAGUCCUGUCCAGUGUCAUGCGAGCCCCCACAGCAGACAAGGAGCCCAUUGUGGUCCUGAGUGUGUUCAGUAAGACAGUCUUGGUGGAGGCUAGGCACAGGGAACCGACAUUGCUGGACUGUGGGUUUUGGACCAACCCCUCCUCACCACUUUCUGGCUCGGGCUUUGCUGUGGAAUGGCGCUUCCAGUUCAGGGGUGAGGGACGAACAAUUGUGGCGUACGACGGCAAAAAUGACCGCUUGGCUAAGGGUCUGGAGGAAGAGGCAACACUGGACUUCGAGGGCCUGCAUAAAAAAGGAAAUGCAUCGCUGAUCCUCCAGGAAGCAAAAGUACAUCACUCAGGGACGUACAUCUGCACGGUGUACCUGCCCUACCUUCUGGCUCAGGUGUCAAUCAACCUGGAGAUUGUAGAGCCUCCAUCCCUUUCUCUCCACCCCUCUGCACUGCCUCUCACUGUCCCCGGCCAGGUGGUGAACAUUCAGUGUGAGGCAUCCGGAUUUGCCCCCCACUCCCUGGAGAUGAGCUGGGAGUUCAGAGGGGCUGAUGGGAAGUCGAUGUCCCUGGGGUCCGGUAGUGUGACGGGCCAGCGGCAGGGCUGGGAUGGUACCUACAGCCAGAGCAGCAGGCUAGUGCUGGACACCACUAAAGUUGACCUGGGCAGAGGAGGGGAGGUCAUCUGCGUGGCUGCCCAUCGCGGAGGCAUGCGACAGGCCAGCGUGACCCUCAACGUCAUCGGCUUCAGCUCGCCGUCUAUUGAGGACUCCAUGGGGAUGGUUGGUGUGGCGCUAGUGCUGUACGGUUUAAUCAAGUUCCUCUCCUGGACAUUUACAAGCUCAGGCUCAGAUGAGGCUGAUAGUAAAGAAAAGAAAGAGAAGUAAACACGAGGGAUUAUCAUCAAGUCUGUCCCCGUUCCAAGUUUUGGGGUUCACUGUUUCUGGAAAGACUUGGAUCUCUUCAGGCGAGAUGGGAUGGAAGACCACCCGUGUGUUUCCACAGACCUGUUUUUAUGUUUUGUGCUCAGCUCGUAUCGUGUGUAGUUGUGUUGUUGUUUAAAGUAAAGCCAAACGGCCGCGCCGGUCAGAAGCAGGCGGAGGGGGAGUGGGUGACGGGGGAGGUGUGGAGAGAUGUGACAUUGUGUUGUGAAAUCUUUGCCUGACCCACAGUUCUGUUAAAGGAGGUGUAGAGAGCGGAGGUGGCAUCUGUCGCUUGAUUCGCCACUCUCGUCACAUUUGUCUAAGCCAGGGGUUUUCAAAGUGUCGGCAAGGGAGCCUCCCCCCUCAGAGAACACAAAAACAGCUGCGCCCCCUCCCCCCUCCCUCCCUCCCAAUUAUUAUUACUAUUAUUACUAUUACUGUUGUUGCUAUAAUGGAUGUUCCACUCAGGGUUUCAACAAUGAAUGAUAUAUCUUUGGAGAUGAUCUUUUAUUUUUUUAAACAUAUUUUCAAACA